CAUUGGCCGGUCAAGCUCUGGAGGCGGUGCUUCGUGGCCCCGCCCUGCGAUUCUGCGCGCUCCACCCCCUCCGAAAUGUGGCGCUCUACCGGUGGAGUGGAGUGGUGGCGGCACUGCAGCAGGGCGCAGAGUGUGUGCCGCGUUGUGCGCACGGUGCCCCGUCUUGGUGGAGGAAAAAGCACGCCGCGCACACGUACACGCGCGCUGCUGUUGCCGCAGCAGCUGUAGUAGGUGCGCGCGCUCUGCUGCUGCUGCUCUUCCACGCCGCUCAGUCGACGCGUGCUUUCCGGCUGUGUGCGCUCUCGGGCGGCGUGCGCGCCUGCUGUUCGGAGAGCGUUCGUUUUGCGAAGUGCGCGCUCCUCCUGAUUCUUCAACGGUUGCGCGUCCGGGCGCAGUGCGGCGUUCACCGUGACUCGCCGGCGGGGGCGGGCGGCGGGCGCAGGGCCCGGGCCUGCGGCGGCCGCCAUGAAGAUGGUGCAGUGCGCGGGCUGCGACCGCCCCAUCCUGGACAGGUUCCUGCUCAACGUACUGGACCGAUCGUGGCACACCAAGUGCGUCCAGUGCUGCGAUUGCCGCUGCAACCUCACCGAUAAGUGCUUCUCCAGGGAUGGCAAGCUCUUCUGUCGGAAUGACUUCUUCAAGCGCUUCGGCACCAAGUGCGCGGGCUGUUCUCUGGGCAUCUCGCCGACGGACCUGGUGCGACGCGCAAGGAGCAAGGUGUUCCACCUCAAGUGCUUCACCUGCCUGGUGUGCCGCAAGCAGCUCUCCACGGGAGAGGAGCUGUACGUGCUGGACGAGCACCGCUUUGUGUGCAAGGAGGACUACCUCGCCAGGCACCAGCCGCCUCCGCCUCAACAGCCGCCGCCCGCCGGUUACGUUGGCUACUGCGGCGGCGUCGCAUCGAGUCCCGAAAAGGGGCUGAAGCCGCAGUUCCCUGCCUGGGGCCCUCCGCUCAGGCCGUGCCACAUACCUCCCCCUUACGCAAUGCUGGGUCCCUCGGGCUCCCCGGGCGACGCGACGCUCGACCUCGACGACCCGUCGGACGGCGGCGGUGCCGACGCUGACCUCUUGCUGCGCGACCAGGACAGGGACUCGAGCGUUGAGCGCGAGCUGACGCCCGGCGGCGGGGCGGCGUCGCCCUCGGCCUGCGGCGGCGGGGCCAAGGGCAACCCCUCGGUGGCCAACGGUCCCAAGCCGGAGCCUGGUGGCGGGGGCUCGGGACCCGAGGGCGCCGGCGGGCCGGCGACUGGCGACGAGGCCCAGGGGGGCACCAAGAGGCGAGGACCACGCACCACCAUCAAGGCCAAGCAGCUGGAGACGCUCAAGGCGGCCUUCGCAGCCACGCCCAAACCGACGCGCCACAUCAGAGAGCAGCUGGCGCAGGAGACCGGACUCAACAUGCGCGUCAUCCAGGUGUGGUUCCAGAACCGGCGCUCCAAGGAGCGUCGCAUGAAGCAGCUGAGCACGCUGGGUGCCCGUCGCCACUUCUUCCGCAGCCCGAGGCGCGUGAUGCGCUCCCUGCGGCCCGGCAUGUCGCCGGACGGGCUCGACGACUCGCCCGAGAUGGGACCCGGACCUCCGAGCUCCGCGUUCGGCUACUUCUCCGAUUCGUCGAACCCGGCCGACUUCGGUUACGGUCCCCAGGCGGGCUUCUACGACUUCUUCCCGGGUCAGCAACCUCCUCCCCCUCCUCCUCCGCCGGGACCCGACGGCAUGCCCUUCCCGCCUACGGGAUCAGGACCUCAAGGUCAGGGCUCAGGGGGACCCCUCGACUCGCACUCCGGACCAGGGAGCGUAAACCUGGGUUCGGACGCGCCCUACCUGCAGCCUCCGCCGUCGUCGCAGCAGCAGCCGCGCGGCGGACCCAGCCCCGACGCCGUGCUCAGCCUGCAGGGGGCCGAGCCCUACGGGGCACCCUCGCGCGCCGACAGCGGCUUCGCCCCGCUCAACCACCCGCCAAUCAGCGAAACGCCCGUCUGGUGACGUCACCUCCCGCAGCACCGCCCAUCCCCGUGAGAGAAGGCCGGAGAGAGUGAGAGAGACGUCUCCUCUCCCUCGAAGCCGCCACUACUACGCGUGCGCCUAAAGGAAAGACGAUAGUGUCGCCAUCUGGCACGCAGCUCCGGAACGAAAGCUGAGAAGCCAAGUGUACGGCACCGAUGGUUGGGCAACGGCGGGGGAAAAUACGUGGACUCUAAGGAACUAUCGUGUAUUUCAUUUUUCUUUUUACGCGUUUUUCACCAUUUCUACGGUGUGUCCCUCAAUUUUUUUUUCUUGUUUCUCUCGCUCAUGACGGCUUGAGGGGAGGGAGGAAACCCUUUCCUCAACCGUGGGUUCAAAAGGAGCCCCAAGCGAAGCAGCUUUUGGGUUCGAGGAAAGCCGAAACCACUACGCUGAACACUCCAUAGCCGCGUCGGAUUUUUUUUUUUCUUUCUUUUGAGCAAAUGAGAAACAAGCGGAGACGACGGGUUGUGAGAAAAGACACUUCGCGGCUGAAACCCGUCGGAGGCCGGAACGGAAUCACACGUUCACCACCACGCCGAGUGAAGAAAAUCGGGCACAGCCCGAAGGUGCGACCGUGCACGACUCUGCUGCGCACAGCCUGGCCGGGCACCUCGUUUUCGGCCAUUGACAGACAAGCGAGCGGCCGCUCCUCAACCCUUCUCUCUUCUUCUUCUUUUCCUUCCUCCGUGGCCGUCGCCCCUCCUUCUCCCGAAUUCGAUCUCUGCCCUCAAGCGGCGGUGUCGACGACGGUUCAUCGAGGAAGAUGGCGAAAGGCGACGACGCUGCCACGACGAAACGACCUUGCGUGCGUGUGUGCGUGUUUGCGCUCGGCGGCGGAGCUCCCUAUGUCCUCCUCUCCUUAUCAAAUUUCCGGAGACAGCCCCUCUCUCGUCCUCCUCUCCCGCCACCGCCUGGGGAGUGGCCCCGGAAUGUGCGCGCCCCGGACGACAAGCUCCUGGCCUGCCUUCGCUUGCCCGCUCGCCGUGCUCUUUUCUUUCUUUCAUCUUCUUACUCCAUCUUUCUCUCUCUUUCCCUUUGGCUCUCGCUCCACGCGAAGGCGAUCUGGCGGCCGAAGAAAAGAAGCCACGAGUCCAGUUGACGGCAACCUAAAAAUGAACUAACGCUAUUAUUAAAACCGUAUUUGUUACGCUUUCGAAUCGAUUCGAGUGCGACUCAAGUCAGUUCAAUAUGAGGCGACGUAUGUGGUCCGCUGAAUAGAAUUCACUUGUCCAAGCAUACUCGCGUCUUUCUGUCUCGUUUUUUUAUUGCUCAACCGCCAGUGUUAUAGCGGCAAAGCAUGAGGGCACGGACUCGAUUGGUGGCUGCAUUUCGAUGUGGAGAAAAUGCAAGAAAUUUACUUAGGGGCUCUUGUGAGAGUACCACGUGGUCAAAAUUAAUUCAGACUUCCACACUUCAGCGUUCCCGGUCAUCGUAUCCUGGUCCUGGGCACGCGAGACGCGGGAAUUUAAUGUUGUUAUUAUUUUCUUUUGCCGGAUCAGACGGUGUAUAAAAGCCCGCCGCGGUGGUCUUGUGGUUGUGGAGCUCGACUGGCGACCCGAAGGUCGCGGGAUCGAAUCCCGGCCGGCCGCAUUUCGAUGGAUGCGAAAAGCUCUAAGAGGCCCGUGUGCUUAGAUUUACGUAUACGUUAAACAACCCCAGGUGGCCGAAAUUUCCGGAGCUUUCCACUGCGGCGUCACGCAUGGUCAUAUCGUGGUUUCGAGACGUAAAACCCCGACAACUAUCAUUGUUAUUCCGGUUUAGGACCGUCGACUGGACUCGCUGGGGGAUAACAAUAUUUGAUACGAAUAUUUCGUGCGUGCACUUCACACCUUCUCAACCUAUAGCCGAGGGAGAGAAUCACGGCUGCGGUCUUUGUGCAACGGACAAUGCGUGAUACUGAGGGGCCGUCGAAAGAAGAACAAGCGGAUCAAAAAGCAAGCAACAAAUCACACCGAGGAGUGCUGUGCGAAGACGCAACAAGCGACAGUCGUGCUGUUAUACUCUGCCGGUGAAAAAACAAAAACAACUCGGGUGUCCCUCGCAUCAUUUUUUUUUGUGUACAUAAGAGCGACUAAAAAGAGGGUGAAAAAAAUG